CGUCAAAACCUCGCAUCAGCCAAAACCUCUUUUUUGUACAGUACACACUCUUACUUCAUAGCUCUUCAAAGCGAAGUACAAUACAGCACGGAGAAACUGAGUCGAGUCGCGAGUCACGAGCCGCGUAGAUAGAGAGUGAAAGAGAUGAAUGAGAAAGAAUCUUUUAUGGACAUCGACGGAGACGAGAACGAAGACCAGAAACAGAACGACUCGUACGAAACAAACAAGGGCAAAAAUGUCGUUGUAGCCGGCACUCCUCCCGAUAUUAAAGCCGUUCCUUGGGUGGAGAAGUAUCGGCCUCAGUCACUUGCGGAUGUCGCUGCUCAUCGCGACAUUGUUGAUACCAUCGAUAGGCUCACCAGUGAAAAUAGACUGCCCCAUCUCCUGCUAUAUGGUCCUCCUGGCACUGGAAAAACUUCGACUAUUCUUGCUGUGGCGCGUAAACUGUAUGGAGCACAGUACCACAAUAUGAUUUUGGAGCUGAAUGCAUCAGAUGACAGGGGAAUUGGUGUGGUGCGACAGCAGAUACAAGAUUUUGCUAGCACUCAGAGCUUCUCUUUCAGUGCAAAGUCAUCUGUAAAGUUGGUCUUACUAGAUGAGGCAGAUGCCAUGACAAAGGAUGCACAAUUUGCCUUGCGUAGAGUGAUUGAGAAAUACACGAAGAACACUCGAUUUACCCUUAUCUGUAAUCAUGUGAACAAGAUUAUUCCAGCACUACAGUCUAGAUGUACUCGGUUUCGAUUUGCUCCUCUUGAUCCAAUACAUGUUUCUGAACGACUAAAACAUGUUAUAAAAUCUGAAGGGCUUGAUGUUACUGAGAGUGGCUUAGCAGCACUUGUGCGACUUUGCAAUGGCGAUAUGAGGAAGGCUUUGAACAUAUUGCAGUCAACACACAUGGCUUCUGAGCAAAUCACGGAAGAAGCUGUAUACCUGUGCACUGGAAAUCCAUUGCCCAGAGACAUUGAGCAAAUAUCUUACUGGCUUCUAAAUGAAUCAUUUGCUGAAACUUUAAAACGAAUUUCUGAAAUCAAGACAAAGAAAGGAUUGGCAUUAGUAGAUAUUGUGAGAGAAGUGACUAUGUUCGUUUUUAAGAUUAAGAUGCCAUCAGAUGUCAGAGUUCAGUUAAUUAAUGACAUGGCUGACAUAGAGUACAGGUUGAGUUUCGGGUGCAAUGAUAAGUUGCAACUUGGAUCGCUAAUUUCUUCAUUUACACGGGCUCGAUCUACACUGGUUGCUGCAGCAAAGUAGUUCACAUGUUGCUUCUGCUUGCUACAUCACAUCCUGCUGAUUUCAACUCGAGACAAUUAAAUUGUUUAAUUGAAGUCAUCCAUGUUUAAGAAUGUAAAGUUUCACAUGUGCCAGUUAAAGUGCUUUGAUGAUUGAAGCUUGAAUGCUA